GUGGAGACCAAUUGGAGGGCGAUGCAGGAAACGGCGGCAUGUCACUGGCACACGAACUUGCAGCCGCGCUUGCUCCUGAACCUGGCGCAAAUGCGAAAGCUCUGGCAGAAGAGCUAGGGCUUGAAUUUGAUGAGGAAGAGGGAGCGAUUGUCGAUCCUUCAGCAGACCAAGAAGAUAGCAACAUAGAAGACAAGCUGCCAAUCGCUGAAGUACCCAUCACACCACCUCGGUCAAUUAAAUCGACAUUGAGAACACCAGCAGUAGUCGUGAACGAUAUGCUUGAUCCCGUUGAUGCUUUCACUCGUGACGCCAAACUCAUGGACAGGUUCAUGCUGUCGCUCAAGACGGCCGAACCAACACAGUCAGAAGACGUGGCUUACGAACCAAGUGUUGAGGACUGGAUCUCCGAUCUUCUGAGACGAUUGCGGACGACAUUCCGAGAUCGCGACAUGCAAGUCAAACAGUUUGAGCAGAUUGCUCGAGACCUUCGACACAAAAUAGACACUCAAGUUGACAUACCCGAAAUUACCCUUGUGGAUGGAUGGCUCGACGGUGGCAUGGAAUCGUUACAAUUGGAUGGAUAUAACGAUGGACAGUUGUGGUCACCGAAUCGAACAUUGGAACACAUCCCAGAAUCCCCGGACGAAACACGGUACAACGAUCAGGACGAUGGAUUUUUCACAUCUGCUCGGCAUUCUCGCACUACGUCAAAUGCAGCACCCGUCGAUCCUGUAGGGACCGCCUUGACAGCCCUUUCUGCCAUACACACAAAUAAUAACGACCUCAUCGCAUCGUUAUCGUCGUUAUCCGAUCAAGCACAAGUAAACGGAGCCACCAAUGCCGAUGCAGCGCGGCAACUGCGCCUGAUUCGUAAUCGCUUGACCGGCAUGCGUGAUGAAUGGGAAAGCGUUGAAAGAAGUAGAUUACGGAUUCAGCGGUGGGAGAACGGUGACCUAACUGACGACGAUUUGGACGAUCCGGCCCUGUCUCUGUCGAAUUCGCCGUCUAUCCGUAGCGCGUCUGGACCCGGGACACCGCGGACACCGCCCAAUCGUCCCAGUGCUAGGCAAUUGGCCGAUCAAGCGAUGGAAGGUUAUACGGCCUCUAUGAAGAAGGCGAGUCAGGCUGCAGAGGCACUUCGUUCUGCUGUCGGCAUUUCUGUGUCAUGAUAUUCUCAAUUUUAUCGUUCUUGCUUGCUCAGGGAAGGCAUCCCUUGUCUACCAUGCUUCAUUACCCCAUAUCCUGCAUGUACUUAUACCGCUUCAUAACGUACCUCUAGC